UUUUUCUGUGUGCCACGGCCCUUAACCGUAACCUCAAUUGUAACGAAGCCUUUAGUGUAAUAUAGGCUUUAGUUUUGCGUUAUCAACGCGAAGCGAGAGAUGUAAGAUGAAAACGGCUACAAUCAGCUACAAUCGGAAAAUGGCGUCGUCAAGUACCCAACGUUGGAUGGUGGACUCUGGAAUUCUACGUAAAAAGAAUAACGACGAGCAACCGCAGGAGCUAUUGGUCUUCGGAUAUAGCUGCAAAUUGUUUCGCGAUGAUGACAAGGCGAAAAUGAUUGAUCAGGGAAAGCAUUUGAUACCAUGGAUGGGCGAUAACACGUUGAAGAUAGACAGAUACGAUGGACGGGGCGCACUGGGUGACCUACGGGUGUACGAGCCACCGACAGGUGGUUUUGAUCAACGGACCAUACUCACCGAGGAGGAGCUGAAAAUAGAACAACUCUGUGACGAGGAGCGGUAUCGGUCUCUUUACAACAAUGAUGAGGACGAAUCCAUCUAUCAUGAAGAAGAAAUGAGGAGGCUGCAUCAAGCGCUAGACUCUGAAUCGUAUCAUCAAGUGGGAUUUAAUUAUAAUGAGGACGAGAAUGGUCACAAAGCUCCGUGUGAAGACUCGCAAAGUCCGAAACAGUCGGAGGGUUCGCAGGAAGAGGAUCAAGCAUUUGUCCCACCUCCUGAACUGGAAAUCCCAGAAGGAAUGAUUGUGCCGGAAACUCAAAAGUUGAAUGCCAUUAUAACGAAAACGGCAUUGUUUAUCAGUCGGCAAGGAAGCCAAAUGGAAAUUCUGAUAAAGGCGAAACAAGCAAACAAUCCGCAGUUUGCGUUCCUAUCGAUAGACGAGCCACUUCAUCAGUAUUAUAGAUAUGUCCUCGAUGCUAUCAAGAGUGGAAAAUAUAAUCCCGAAAAACAACCUGAGAAAGAAGAAUCAGUUGAGGUAAUUGAAGCAACAUAAAGCAGGAUUUGAUUACCCACACCUACUUUGAUUCUACUUAGUUUUUCUUGCCGUAAGUAUUGCCAUAAAACUUUGUUAAUAUACAUCGCUAUCCACUGUAUUAAUCCAUUCGUUAAUUAUCUUGAUAUAUUCACGAUUCUAAUCUUUUGUUUUUUGUCUUUUUUAAUGAUAGAACCCGAGGAAGAGUCCGAUGCAGAUGACGAGCCGUACCUACAUCCAAGUCUCGCGCCAUCGUUUACAAAGAUCGAAGCGGUGAGUC